GACCUUGAAGCUAGUGUGGCUUGCUUGUUUUACAGAUUUGCCAAAAAAAAAAUGUGUGCUUAGGUCCACGCUUUGAUGCCGUUUACUGCGCAGCAAAUACGCACUUUUCUUUUUCUCUGUCUCUUUCUCCUUCGCACUUUUACUUUUCGCACAUGACACGUACAUACAAACGACCAGCUAAAUCAGCAAACACCACGCCAGAAAAUAAAAGUGUCGCAAACAUUAAGCAAACCAAUCGUGUCAAUUUCAAAAGUCUCACAUUCAACGACACUCAAAUUCCUGUCGGCACGACUGGCCUGUUUCGAAGCGAAUAUCCUACUCCUGUAUCCCUUUUGGCUUGCUCGCACAAGUAUGGCUACUUUGUGGCGGCUACGACCGAUGGGUUCAUUUUGGGAGAAACGGUGCGUCUUCGCCAGCUUUUACGUGCGUCAAAUCCAGAAACUACAGUACGACAAAUGAAGUCCGUAAUCAAUGUUCCACACAAACUCUCGGUACAGCAUUUGCGACUGUCUGGCGACGAGCUACGCGUAAUUGCUUGUCUGUCGGGAGGCAAAACGGUGGUUUAUAAUAAAGCCAAGGUUGAGCCAAAGUGGUCGUUUCAUAUCGGCAACGACAUCCUGGACUUCCAAAUAUGCCCAGAUACAAAAGGGGGAGAGCUGGCGACUGUGCUGAUCAAAAGUCCAAAUUCAAAAAUUUGGGAUACGUGUUGUAUCAUCAACUUGCAUACUGGGUUCAUCAAGGCAGCUGUUUUACAUAAAAAUGUCACAUCCAUGUGCUGGUCUCCCACUUUUCAGACCUCUCCAUCGUCUUUUACUAUGGCCAAUGAUGAUGACAAUACUAGGAGUGCUCAUGCGCAACAUUUUGUUUGUGGGUUAUCGGAUGGAUCCUUGCAUUUUUAUUCGAUAUUCGGACUCAAAAAGUAUGAAAUACCAUCACCACACAGCAAAGACGAGUUAUCACGGUAUGUAAACAAAGUGGUUUGGGUGGAUAAAUAUACUCUCUUUGUUAUUUAUACAAAUGAGAGCGGCAAUGAGGCACGUAUUGUCAAGCGACCAAAGACGCCGAGAGAAUCCGUCAACUACGUGAUACUCGGCGAUGUGGCACCCAUGGCGACAGCUUGUAGUGAUCGUUGCCACCACGGAGCAGAUUAUACGCGGAAAACCAAGUUGCACGAGGAACAAAAUUUCUAUCUUCACGUGAUCCAUGAUUUCAGCGACGAAGUCAAAUGCGCUAUCAUCGUUGCCAGUACAUUUUCCCAUAGUAUCAUGGUCGUAGGUCAAGACAAAAGUGGGAAUUGGGCGACGUGGGAAUGUCCUGGAUAUUCGAGUCAUUUUCACUAUCGGGAAAACAGCCACAGCAACCAUCAUAAUGGGAGAACACAGCAUCGUCAGCAACCAGCGAUCGUCAAGGCGGCAACGAGAGCAUAUCGGGAAGAGCAACUCUACAAACAUGCAAACGUGUUCGACAUGGUAUAUCCAGUGGGCAUGAUGGUCGAUUACAGCACAACGUCAUCAGUGUUUGGGCCGACGUCGUAUGACCAAAUAACUCCAGUAUUGUACUAUAUGACCAAUGAAGGCAUGCUUAAGGGAUUUCACAUUCAAAGUGGCGGCGAUGAUGAAGAUGUCAGCAAAACGGUUUUCUCGAUAUAUAGUGGCAUGGUGCGCGUCAAAACCUUGUAUCAAGAUAUACCUUCUCCACCAGCGGGACGAACAGGCUUUGAUUUCGCCGGACCCCUGUUAGCAAAGAAUCCGUUCAUCUACGCAAUUGAUCAACAACAGCAACAGCAACGUGGCACACAAAAACCGUUACCGUCGUUCAAAAACCUUGAAAUACAACCUGGUGCUCGUUCGCCCUCCUCAUCCAUAGUAACUGCCGUACCGACAUUUGGCAAACCAACAAUGCCUGGUUUCAGCUCCGAUAACAAGCCAGCAGCAAUGCGUUUUGGAGAAACAUCGUUCUCUUUUCAAAAUAAUCCGUCUCCAUUCGGUGGUGCCCCAAGUGAAUAUACACCGGCGGAGAAGGCUGAUAGAUAUCUUGCCGAUCUGAAGCAACUGCUGGCGAGACGAAGAGCAGUUGACAACAAGGAGGAUAAAUCGCGAGCUGCACCUGCGUUUACAUUUGGAUCGCCUACUACUGGCAAGACAGCAGCUACCCAGGGGCCUCAUUGGGGUUUUCGUGCUGCUCCUGCUCCUGCUACUAGUGAUCAGCAGACUAUAAACGGUGACGAUAAUGGACUGACGACAAUGAUGCGUGUAUGGUCACCGUUCGGACCCAGCAAAGUCAAAAGUAGGAUGGCCGAGUCACGGGAGCAACCAAGGAAGCAAUUGGGUAACGGCGACACUGGACACUCACCGCUGGCUAAGCCAGAAGAAGGAUUCUCAUUUGCAAAAGUUAUCGUCACACCUCAUACCCACGCAGAUAAUAAAGCUAGUAGCUCUAACAAAACCUCCAAGACUGCUUCAGCGAACCCACAGCCAAAUCAGCGACAACAGAAAUCAGCUACUGCGUCAUUUAAAUCGUUCACAAAGACCGCUGGAGUAUCGUUAAGUUGCACCGCUUCGACACCAACGAGCAAUCCAUCACUCCCUUCUUCCACCCUCACAUCGGCUAUCGUGUCUAGUACCGGCAACGAAACAAACAGUCCUAAACAAGAGCAUAAAAAGAUGGGACCCACUGAUAGUAUAGAAGGUGCCGCUGAUCCAGCUAUUUCUCCCGCUACCAGUGACCGAAACAACAACGCCACAAACGAGCCUGACAAAAGUGGUGGGGCGCACCAUAGCGCUGUAUCAACUAAUGAAAAGACACCUAGUACGUCCGACAAAGAAGCUCACAAUACUCCAGUUGAUCAAGUCGAUGCUGGUUCUACUACUCAGCCGCACAAGACUUCUACCGAGUCUUUUACGGGUAACGAUACUGAUGCUAUUCCUGCAACUGACCACAGCACUACGACUACGAGAAUAUCCGAUGGUACCUGCAUUUCUGCUGUAGCCAAUGUAGAUAUUGGCAAGAAGAAGAGGGAGGAUGAUGAUGAAACGACAGAAACCAAAGCAUCUCGUGAGGAUAGUUUCCUCUCACCAGAAACCACUGACAACAAUGAUAUCGCUAAUGCAGCAGAUAAAUCGACAAUCGAAUGUCCUUCUUUGUCUGAAAGCGACAAAGUCAAAGUUACUGUGAAUGAUGCCAUGGUCGCUGGUUUGGAUGUGCAGACGUCGUCGUCGGAUACGAGACCAUGUGCCAAAGGCGAAGACAACACUGUUAUUGACGCGAACAGUGCGGCAAGCGGCCACAAAAUCAACACGAUUAAAACCAAGUCAGAUGAUGAUAAUGCCGUUUUAUAACAAAACUCAAACAAAUCACAAUGGUAGAUGAAGUUUGUGAGCGAGCUCUUGCGCUACUUCAAGGUGCCAGCGACACGUACACGCUUCUCUUACAUGACUUGCAAAGCGUGACACAUGGACAGAGAGCAAGAGCAGCCAAGAAGAACGGUCCCACUAGCAAUAGCAAUAACAACAACCAC